GAGAAUGCUCCAAUCCAAGUUCUUCAUGUGUAUUCUUCCGCCAAAUAUUUUUAAGGUGAUCGAAGCAAAGAGGUUAUGAUGGGCGGAUGCGUAUUUCGUGUGGGCGUUAGCAGGUGAACACAAAAUUCUAUUCGCAGAGCCUCAAUAAAAUAUAUAAUUAGGAAACGUGGGCGUUGAUUUCAUGACAAUGUUCAAAUAGAUCAUAAGGAAGUGGGGUAUGAUAGAAUAGAAUUCCGUGUUAGAAUUUUAAAGUAAGGUAUGAACGUACGGCUUGCAUAAAACGGGGAAUUUGUUGUUCAUCUGAGUAUCUAGCAAUUUUAAUUAACGAUCGUCACUUUGUAGUUCUGGUUUUUAGCUGAUGCCUGUUUAAUAGGCCUGGGUUUGUGACGUGGCUACUCUUCUGUUUGCAGGUCGCUGUGGUCAUGGUAGUCCUUGCGAACAGCUGUGCUACGAGUUGCAUGACGGGAUGUUCGAGUGCGACUGUAAAGACGGAUUUGUGCUGCACCAGAAUGGAUACAGCUGUCUGGAAAUGAACACGACGAUGGAGACUAUCAUUGAAGAGGAGGAAGACAUAUUGUAUCAAAAGGACGCGUCUUUCUCAGCCGAGCUGGACACAAGUGGUGAUGUGAGAGGGAACAUUGUCCUUCCUUCUCCCACAUCUGAAGACACGGAGAAAAAAGUUCAAUUCGUGACGACCCAGAGUCCGAACCUGGAGCAGAAAGUCCCCAGCAGCACGGGCAGUAACGAACAAACAACGGAGAGCCUUCGUGUAACGGACGUUGUUCCGUGUUUGCUGGAUUGUGGUGUCGGUGGGUCCUGCGCAAUGGACGCUGUUGACUCCGACCGUCCCGGAGAACAGCGCUGUCAGUGCCCGCUGGGAAGAGGCGGUCGCCACUGCCAGGCAGAUGUGGAGAUUAGAUCCCCGCGGUUCACAGGCCAGGGUUGGCUCGCGUUCCCCGCGCUGCGCGCUGCAUAUAAACACGUGCAGUUGGAACUGGAGUUCCGCCCAGAGGCGUGGGAUGGAAUUUUAUUUCUGACGGGAGAGCGCGACGACAUGGCUGGGGACUUCAUGGCCCUGCUCCUGCAUCAGGGAUUCGUCGAGUUUAGGUUUGACUGUGGAUCGGGGCUUGGAGUGGUUCGUUCUGAAGAGACUGUGUUGCUGAACCAAUGGAAUCGCCUCACGUUGUACCGUCACCGCUGGGACGCCUGGAUCCAGCUCAACAACGGCAAACAUGUGGAAGGACGCUCCAAAGGCUUGUUCUCGCGGAUCACGUUCCGGGAACCUCUUUUUGUUGGCGGUCCGGGAAACACGACUGGUCUCGCUGACAAGCUGCCCACAGAGGAUGGACUCAAAGGCUGCAUUAGGCACUUAGAAGUGAAUGACCAUGCCUAUAGCUUCAACUUGGCUCCCCUUGGGGACGCAGUCAAAGGGUUUGACGUCGAGGAGUGCAGCGCAGACCGAUGCAGUAAGGUGCCCUGUCAACAUGGUGGCAAGUGUCUCAUCUCUGGAGAAACGGCGGUGUGUCUGUGCCCCCUCGGAUUUACAGGGGACCUGUGUGAGACCAGAGUCGACUUGCAGGUGCCCUCUUUCAAUGGGUCAAGCUACCUGAGGUACCCGGGUCUCGGGGGGUCAGCGCUUUCCUGGCUUGAUCUCCAGUUGACCCUAAAACCUAGUGCCCAAGAUGGGGUCAUUCUGUACAAUGGGCAUCGCUCAGAUGGAGUCGGCGAUUUCAUGGCUGUGUACAUGAGUGAUGGUCAUCUCGAGUUUACUUUUGAUCUGGGUACUGGUGCUGCCACCAUCAGGAGUGGUGAGCCAGUGACUCUGGGCGAGUGGCAUGAGUUGCGGCUCUCACGGACAGGACGCCUCGCCAUUCUGCAAGUAGACAAUAUGGUACCAACACAGGCUAUGGCCCCUGGUGCGUUCACACAGCUAUCUCUCCCUCAGAACUUAUACAUUGGUGGAGUACCCAACUUUGAUAUGGUGUCGCCAAAAGUGAAGGUCCGGACAUCCUUUGUGGGCUGCAUUCAGAAGGUGGUGAUUAACAACCAGCCAUUACAGAUUCUGGCAGCUGCCUUAGGGGGUGUGAAUGUAGACAACUGUCCUCACCCAUGUGUCACUCGACCAUGUGGUGAUGAAGGUCAUUGUGUACCUGAAAUGGAUUACUUCACGUGUGAAUGUGCACAAGGCCAUCAUGAUGUGCAGUGCCAACAACAUGCUGCCCCCACCAUUCUGCAGGACAUACCAAUCCCCAGGUUUGCAGGUGACAGCUACCUCCACUACAGUGAUCCCGACACAAUGCGCAGGAUCAUUAGCUAUAAGAUCAACAUCAACAUGAGAUUCCGAACUAGCUCCUCUGUGGGUCUUCUUCUCUGGAGUGGGCGUCGAAAUAUGUCUGCAGCAGGGGACUUCCUGGGCCUUGGUAUUGCAGACGGCUAUCUCCACUUCAGGUUCAACUUAGGCAGCGGAGAAGUUAUCAUACCAUACAACUAUACACGAGUUGACGAUGGCCUCUGGCACAGAGUGAAGGCUAUCAGAAAUGAACAGGAAGGCUCAGUGACAGUUGAUAAUGGCACAACAGUCGCCAAAAGAUCACCAGGAAAGCUUAGACAACUGAACACCAACACUGGUCUUUACAUAGGUGGAAUGGAGAAUAUAGAACAUGCUUCACUGAACAAAUAUAAGAAUGGUAUGGUUGGCUGUAUCUCAGACCUGAUCUUGGACACAGACUAUCAUGUGAAACUUGUUCAGAUGUCAACAGCAGGCAAGAACAUCAAACACUGUGGCUAGAAAUAAACGUUGAGGUGAGAUAUGGUGAAGACACAUGCACUCAUUGUGCCUAAACUGCAUUUCAGAGGAUCUUCAAUUAACAUUUCUCAAAGAAUUUAAGAAACAAUUCUGGAAAAGAAGUCUUGAGACUUUCAUCGUAAUUUAUAUCUAAUUUUGUUUCCAUUUAUGGGUGAUGCACCAUGCUGCGGUGAGUAAGUUUUCUGAUCUUCUCAAGAACCUGGCUGACUUGCCUUGAAUGUAAAGGAAUCUGAUGUGCCUGGUAAUGGACCACUGUUUAGUCACUUUGGAACAAAGAUGAAGCCUGCCAGGUUCUUUGAAGUAUGACCAAACCAACGUACCAUAACACAGUGCCGUCACUCAGGAAUGUAGAUAAGGGUAACUGUAGACAAUUUAUUGUUGUUUACAUGGAUGGAAAAUGAUGUUUGUAUCAAAGAUACUUUCAGGUUGAAUGAUCGCAAACCUUUCCAUGUGCUAUAGAAAGUAAGAAACACUGCCUAAUAACAUUUCCAAUAUCCUUACUGAUGGACCCAGUAAAAAUAACUUCUUUUUGUGUUAUGCCCUUGGCUUAUUUCAUGCAACAGCAUACAUGUGAAGUAAUUUAGGGCAUAAUAAUACAAAGUUCCUCUAAUGCAGAUGGUUCAAGUACAUAUUAGUAUAAACUAGCUGCAGGCAACAAAAUCUUUGCAUAAUAUUUUGCCAUGCUGCUAUUUGCAGCAAUCUGUACCAGCACCUUUUCCUGCAAUGUCGGUAUCGUUGCUGUUAACUUUAAUUCUGUUAUUCAGAGUUUCCAUAUGAGAAAAGAAGACCUUUUUUGAAUGAAGUAUUUCUUUCAGUAAUUUAUAUACAUUUUUAUAUAUCGAAUUAUACUGCUUUAUCCAAUGUUGCUUUUCAUUACAUUGAAAAUAACAAAGCCCUAUUUUUCUCUUGUUUAGCACAUUAGUGUAAUUUUGAUUUGGCAGUGCUGGGAAUAUGUUUAAAAUUAGUGCUGUUUUUAGAGUCUUAGCUUGCAGUUCUGUAAAUGCAACAUGUCUUAUAUAUUUGUAUUUAAAUGAAGUCUGCAGCAGAAUCUGUAUAGGUAAACAUUUCUUGGAUGCCUUUCCUAUUUAGAAAUGUCUGAAAAAAGAAAAUUUUGUAUCAUCAUUACUUUAAACUUUUGUUUAUAAUGCACCAUUAGGAAUGUCAAGUGCUUAAUUUGAUUGGGACACAUCAACUUCUAUCGUACGCUGGCGAUCAUAAAUUAUUGGUUCUGUUGCGUGCUAGUAAGGAGUUUUUCUAAAAGUAAACACGGAGAAAACUAAGUAGGUUGCAAGACUGUAAGACAAAUUCAUAAUAUAAAAUUGAUAAUAAGGAUUUUAUCUACUUUUAUAUUGUUCAUAAUAUAAAAGUAGAUGAUAAGGAUUUUGUCCUGCAGUCUUAUAAUGAGACAUGCAGCCUACUUAGUUUUUUCUGUGUUUACCUUUGGACAAACUCCUUACUAGCAUGCAACAUGGCAGACUUUAAAUAUUCAUGAAGAAAUAAAGAAGAAAUUAAGUUCAAGGGUAUUUCCCGCAGUGCAGUUCAGAAUCUUUUGUCUUCCUGUCUGCUAUCUGAAAAAAAGAUUAAGCUGCACAAAACUAUAACUUUAUUUGUUGUUUCACAUGGAUGUGGAAUUGGGUUUCUCACAUUAGUGAAUAACAUAUAUUAAGGGUGUUUAGGAAAAGGAUGCUACAGAGAAUAUUUGGAACUAAGAGGGAUGAUGUGACAGGUGGCAGGAGAGAACUGCAUAAUAAAUGGGUCUGAUGGCAGGCACUUUUAAACACCUUUGGGUUCCAUAAAAGGUGGAGAAUUUAUGGGCUACCUCAGUGGCAUUAGCCUCUCAAGGAGGACUUUUCUCCAUGAAGUUAUUUUUUAGUUUAUUUAGCAAUUUCUAUAGUGUAGUACAUAAACUAUGGCAGUAAUAUUUUGGGCUGAAUUCAGAUAGGUUUCAUUUCUCAUAGGUGAACUAUGAAAGCAGCCUCUUAUAUUAAAACAUGAAUAAAUAUCAAACUAGAAUAUAAAGUAGGUUAUAAGUGACAAUUCCUUCAUAUUAAACCAAACACAAACUGAACAAACUUUAUAUGAAUGUAUUUUCUGUGAUAUCUGUGAGUUUUUUGUUCAUUGCCUGAGACAAAAAUAUGGAAUCCUCAUCAUAUUUUAAUAAUAUUACAUUCUCCAGUGGUUAAUUUACUUUCUUUUUUCUAAUCUGGUGGAAAAAACAAUGUUAAAAUUAAAGGAAGCCAAUUGUGAGUUCUGUCAGACACAAUAAUCUGAUGUGAAACUUUGGCUUUUGUAAUGAGCUUUGUUAAAUGCUCAGAUUUAUCCAACGUUUCGGCAGACAUUGCAGUUGCCAUCUUUAGGGCAAAUGACAAGAACAAUAACCUGAUCUUAAAUUUGCUAUAAAAAAUCUUUACUUCCAUGUAAACAACUCUAAAUUUAAUAAAAUUGUAUUGCAUUAUAAAUUGAGAAUGUAAAGACUACUUUUGGGAAUGUUCUACAAAUAACAUUUGUUCCAUACAAAAACAGAUGUAUGCUUUGUGAACAAAUUCAUGAUAUUAUAGAAGUUUGGAAACCCAAUACCUCAGUGAAAAACUUCAAAUUGUGGACCAAUUUGAUAAGAAUAGCAUCAGCAUCAUGAUAAACUUCAGGUUCUAAGAAAUUUUUAAAAUGUGUAGAAACACGGAUUCAACUUGUCAAUAUUUGUGUGGAAUAGCGAUAGUGACUGUUUUCUAGAGAAAUUCAGUUUAGGCAUUUUGAAACUGCCAUGUCUGCAGGGACUUAAU